AUCCUAAAAUAAAAUCUUCUAGAAUGGCUGGUUCGUUGGAGUCCAGAGUUUCCACUCCCGUCGAUCCACCGCCCCAGAAGAAACCGAAGACAGCAACAGACGGAGGAUCUGACUGUGUCUCCAACAAAGAAUCAGAUGUAUUAUGCGUCGCAGGAAAAAUAUACCGCAAAACCUGCUUCAAAGAUAAGGAAUAUCAACGACAGUACCUGCUCUUCGAAGACCAAUUCGUUCGGAGCGAGGUAAACCCUAACACAUCGAUGUGUUUAAGUGUCAUUGGAAAUCGAUGGUAAACGGGUCCUUGUUCAUCCAGAAUUAUGGUGAUUAAAUGCUAAGUUGUUAAAUGGUUGAUGGGUCGGUAGCUACUAGAUUUAAGGCCAGUGAGCGGUUAGGGCUCGUUAAUCCAAUACUAAAUACAUAUCACGUGCUUCAAAUCUCUGUCUAAUAAAAUUAGUAUUAUGUGUGUAAAACAAGAACAAUUAAAAUGUCAUAAAAAAGGUUAAUUGGCCCUAGAAAAUGUUGAUAUCGCAUUUUGUAAAUGUUUUUCUGCCACAGAGUUUCUUUAUUAUGCCAUGAAUUAUUCAACACACCAGUAAUAUCUAAAUAUCCAAUAUGAUGAACUGAGAAAGAAGAAUGGAAGAAAAGAGCAAGAAGGCCUGAUCGCCUGUCACAAUGACACCUUUUCACAUCAUCCACAUCACCAAAUAGCUAUCACAGUUGCUUUCCUCAAUUAUAUUUCAAAUUUUUAAAUUUGAUUACAGCGGUAGUAGCCCAAUUUCUGACCAACUCGGUGUGGUUAGGGCCCGGUAGAGUAGAUUGAAGGAUGAACUUUGUCAAUUUGCUACUUACAUUUAAAGUCAGAAAUGAGUUGCUAAAGUUAUUUCUUUCGAUUGUGCACAAAUUUCUAUCACAUAGUUUUUAAUUUAUUAUUUGAUGUGCAAGUUGGCCAUGUUUUGUGGGACAGAGAGAGUAAUACCUACCCAAACCUUCAAUACCUAGUACUAAUCAAACUCUCUUUUUGAAUGAUGUGUUUAGGGUUUUGAAAUAGACUAGGAUAAAUUUGACUACUUGUUCACUCUUCAUGAUGUAACUUGGCCGGUACCUCUCGAUGAAGACAUGACCAAUGAGGAGUUGGUCCACAGCCUGACAUUCCAUGACAUUAAAAAGCACAAUGAAGAGAAUGUGAGUGAUUUAUAUUCUAUUCUAUUCAUAAUUUAUAAUUCAUAAUUCAUAAUAUCAGUUGUUUUCCGUUGAACAUUUAUGUUUUUCAUCUGUCUUUGAAAAUUCUCAAAGGGGAAUGCUUGAAAACAGAAAUCUUUUAUUGAUACACACAAAGCGUUCCUACAUGUAUAUAUUUAUAUGGUUAUUGAUAAAUGAGCUCUGAGCUCUGAGCUCAAAGAGAGCAGUUGGUAUACACUAACAUUUAUGGUAUGCAAUCAAAAGAAUAUUUCCAAUAAUUGUACCAUAUUCUCACGCAAUCAGCUGGUUCGAUGUACGUGAACGAAAGGAAAUUCAUCACCCCUUAAGAUGGCCCAUGAAGAUCACAAAUGCCCAUCUUCCCGACAAGUGAGUGAAAUUGGUGUGAGCCAAGAGUUUCGGGCAGCCAACGACACUAAAUUCGUGUGUGCCUCAAAAUAAAAUCAAUAAUAACACUAACAUGUAUAGUGUAGUAAGUUUCAUAUCCACAGGGAAAUUAAUACUUCUCUUUUAUGAGCUUGUAAUCAAAAGAGUUUUUUUUUAAGAUUGUUUGACUUGUAAGUAAUUAACACUCAAGGAUAGAGCCAACUCGAGUAUGUGUCUGUGAUUCCUUUCAACCAUCCCAUUUUGUUGUUGUUGUUGUUGUUGUGUAUUAAUCUGUGUUUUUAUGAGGUUGCGAAAUGUUAUCAAAUGAUGUGGAAUUUCUGUUGAAAGCGCAUGGUGUAAAAAGGCGGCUACGAGAGGGGUUCGAGGCGUGCCUCAAGGGAGCCAAUGUGGAGUUUGUUGAGCCCGUGAAAGCUAAUUUCUGGUGUUGUGCUGGUCAUUGCUUUUGGAUUACAUUUCGCGCAAGGGAUUUGUCAUCAAAUACAGACACGAAACUUUACCAAACUAAGGUGUGGAGAUUUAUGGAUAAGAUUGAGGUUUGUAUAUUCCGGGAAAGGCCGACAGACGAAGAAAUUGCUUCAGUGCACGUGGAGAUUCCCGAAUAUGCGUGCUUCAAGUGAGGUAGGGUAUUGUUUCUUGUUUCAAGAAUACUGAGCUGUUGGAAAUUCCCGAAUCUGAAACAUCUUAGUAACUGUAGACGGACUAGACGGUGAUCGCUAUCGUCAGUAGAGGCGACGACAGAGGUGGUCGUGGUGGCGGCGGGUGGGGUGCAGGGCUGAAAUAACUACUAUUCAUUAUUAAAAUGUAAUAUUAAGUGAUCCCUAUUAUUAAAAUGUAAUACACCCAUGUCUUGAGUAAAGGUUCCCGUUUGAUUUGCAGUGGUUGAUUGUCCAUAAAAUUAAUAGAUCCCUAUUAUUCUUAUUUUUUGUAAAUAAAAUUUACAUAUCCAUAAACUACACAAAAAUUUGAAAAAGUAGAAAAAAGACUCAAAUUUGAUACAAGUUAAAUAUAUAAAUUAAAGGAAAAAUUCACACCAAUAAUCCCACCUAUUAGCGUUCUUCCAUUAUUAAUCUCUACAUUGAGUUAUUCCAAAUCAAUUCCAAUUAGUGGGGUCGACGACAACAAUGAUAGAUGUGGUCGUAAAUGAUGAUUCAACAGAUUUGGGUUUAGAUAUUUGUUGCGAUUGAGAUUUAGGGGGAGAGGGUGACGAUGGCGGUUUGAAAGAGACAACAACCUGAGUUCCGCCGCCGUUGCCUAGACGGCAGAUGCGAUGACCUCGGAGAAGAUGUGUGUUGGUGUUAGUGACUCUCACUGCGGUGGACAUUGGUGGCAGCGACGCGGCAUUGCCUGAGCUCCAUGAUUGGGGAUGAGAUGAAAUACCAGACUCUAAUAAUUUAGGGUUAGGCUGCUUUUGGGCUUUUGAUAUUUGAUGUGGGAUGCGAGAACAGAAGUGCCGAAGCUUGGAAAAGUGAGUUUUUUGUUCAAAUCAGUUUUAGUCACAUUUAUGUCAAACAAAAGCUGAUUAGUAUUAUUCUUGCCAUUUUUGACAUAAAUUUUGCAAAUUAAUUUGAGAAAGAUUAACUUAAAUUGCGACAAAUGGUGUACAUUAUUGUUAUUUCUUGUACUUGUGCAUAAUUAAUAAAAGUGUUAUGUAUGAAUUCUAUAUUAUGAUGAUUAUCACAAUGUUCA